AUGCCUCCCCAACUCUCUCUCCGCGUCUCCCUGCGCACCGUCCGGGCGGCGCGCUUCUACUCGACCGCCACAGCUGCCGAUUCGGCGGCGCCGCUCAUAACCGUCACACACCUGCCGGCGCCCGGCUCUGGCCACAUUCGCGUGCUCGAGCUCAACCGUCCCUCGGCGCGCAACGCCAUCUCCAAGGCGCUGCUCGCCCAGCUGCGUGCCGAGAUCGAUGAUGUCCACGCCCAGCCUACUUCCUCGGCAUCGCCGACCGCCUCGUCGAGAUCCCCUUCCCCGAGGACAAGGACGUGCCGGGCCACAAGGAGGGCGAGAAGCCCCGCCGACGGCGCCAAGCAGACGCUCAUGCUCGAGACGGCGCGGCGCGGCGUCCUCAGCGAGGCCGUGCGCGUCGCGACGGAGAUCUGCGAGGGCGGGCCCGUCGCUGUGCGGGCGGCGCUGCAGGCUGUCGGCUGGGCGCGCGAGGAGGUCGAGAACAAGAUGUACGAGCGCGUCGUCGCGACGGACGACAGGAACGAAGCACUCAAGGCGUUCCAAGAGAAGAGGAAGCCCGUUUUCCAGGGGCGGCCAUUCGACGGUACCAAAUGGUCUCAAGAAGGACGAGCAUCAGGUCCGAGGUUGAUCAGUUCGUGCGGUUUCAUGCCCCAUGGACAGCUAAAUAUACCAGUGAGACAGCCAGAUGCCGAGCCAAACGUCCGAUGUCGAAUUGAAACCACCGCAAGGCCUAUCCCCCGGGACAUGACCAAAACAGGCCAUCGAGGGUGCCACAAGCCCAUUCCAUACCUUUCUUCGCGUCUUGUUGCAUUCGCCCCAGAGAAAGGAGAGACGGUUGUGCCAGCCACGAGAUCACAUGUCGUCAUUCCUGCAUCGAGGGCCCCAGCCCACACCAGUCAUCAUCACCGAUGCUCGAUCACCGAGCGGCUGGCCACCGCCCCGGCUGUUGUCCGGCCGGCGCGCGCCCCCAACGAGGUCUCGAACUCUGGCGAGAUGUCCGCCAUCCCUGAGUGGUCGGAGGAUCUGGCCCGUCGGCAGCCGCAAACGUCAUCAUUGGAGGUAGAGGAGGCCAGCGAAAGAGGAAUGGAGGGUGGCGUGCAGGUGAAUCACGGCUUCACGUGCCUUCCUGUACUGGGCCUGUACUACCAUCGCCGUCUGCUUCGCUGCUGA